CCCUAUAAAUAGCGCUCGCCCUCAGCUGUGACGGGCAGGCGGCGGUGGGGGUGUCUGCGCAGGUCAUAGCAAAGAGCGGCCCCUGCUCAUCCGGCAGAAGCGGCUGCAGGCUGGACAGCGAGGGGCCUGGGCAGCAAGGGGCCUGGGCAGUGAGGGGCCUGGCCAGCGAGGGGCCCGGAGGGGACACUGCCCAGCCGUCCCCGCCCACGAUGGCGCAGGUCAUCCUGAGGCACCCCAUCCACACGCCGGUGCGCUACCAGGAGCAGUUCGAGGCGCGGGGGCUGGAGGACUGCCGGCUGGACCACGCUCUGUAUGCGCUGCCCGGGCCGACCACCGUGGACCUGGGCCGAGCCGGGGCGGCCCGCGCGCCUCCCGGGGACCCCGCGGCGGAGACGCCACCCCCCGAAGGCCCGGCGCGCUUCCAGGUGCUGCUGGACGUGGUGCAGUUCCUGCCGGAGGACAUACUCAUCCAGACCUGCGAGGGCUGGCUGCUGGUCGGGGCGCGGCACGGCGCCCGCAUGGACGAGCACGGCUUCGUCUCCCGCAGCUUCACCCGCCAGUACCGCCUGCCGCACGGCCUGGGCGCCGGGGACCUGUCGGCCGCGCUCGGCCACGACGGCAUCCUCGUGGUGGAGGCGAGGCGUGGGGCCGGGGCCCAGUGAGGUCCGCGCCACGCGGGGGAUCCCGGCGCAGGAGUGGGUGCGGGACUCCGUGGGCAGCGGUUGGGGUGCAGAUCGAACGUGUGGAUGUGACGUGGCGCUGGUCGGUGGCGUGUCUGCUCUCACGCAGAGAGGUGCCGUCACGCGUGUUCCCGUGGCUGAAGGCGACGCUCUGCUCACAGCGAGAGCUGAGGCUUUGGAGCCGAGUUGGUCCCGGAGGGACUGGGACUGACUUCCUCUCCCCGCAGCCGGCAGCGUGGGCGCCAGAGCCCCCGGACGCGGGAGUGCGCGUCCCGCGAGGACACUGCAUGGUGGAGCGGGCCCGCGCCUGGCCGGCCGUUCUCGCCGUGCGUGUUGGCUUCAGGGCGGCGCGGGCCGACGGGGAGGACACGGGCUGGGAGACGGGCUGGGAUGUACGUCUGAUUCGCUGCGCCUGUCACUCCUGACUCUCCUGUGGCAUCUAAGAUAUAAAUCUUCCUUUUAAAUGUCCCAA